AUGGAAUCGCUUUGGUGGGCAAUCUGCCUCCUGCCAAAGUUAGGGUUAUACUAUCUGCUCUACUGUCUCGUAUAUUCAAUUCUGAAGUACACCGUUGGGAAGGCUCUCUUCUCCAAGCGUAAACAACUGAAAGCAGCAGGCGAGUGGGCAGUCAUCACAGGAGCAGCCUCUGGAAUUGGCCGCGGUUUCAGCCGCCAACUAGCAAAAGACGGACUAAAUAUCCUGCUGGUGGAUGUUAACGCAGAAGGAGUUGCCAAAGUAGCAAGAGAAAUCCAAGAAGAAUUUAAGGUUCAAACAAAGACCUUAGUCGCCGAUCUAUCAGAUAUUCGAUGUUACAAGGGAUUCAAGGAAGCUAUUGAUGGCCUGUCAUCAUUAGCCUGUCUUGUGAAUAACGCUGGGACAGCUUCAGGCGUGGACGAAAAGUUUCUUGACAACGAGAAGUGUACGUUUGAUUCCCUGGCGUUUGUUAUAAAUCUCAAUGUUCUGGGCUUCACCUGCGCCACCAAGGCAGCCAUGGAGAAACUCCUAGACAAUGCCGCUGUCAGAAGACCUUUUCUCAUCAACAUCAGUUCCAUAAACGCCAUAAUUAAACCACGCGUGCUGCCAAUCUACUCUGCAAGCAAGUCCUAUGUCAAAACAAUGAGUGAAUGCCUGGCCACGCUGGUAGCAACACGCGGCGUCCGAGUGCAGACGUAUAUGCCCUGUGCUGUUGCAACCAAUCUCGCGCAGAUUUCUCCCAUCUGGCCAAUCAUCCCUUCAGCUGAGGAGUAUGCCGCGUCUGCUCUGGACAUGCUUGGCGUCGAGGAAAAUAGUUGUGGAUACUUUUUCCACAACUUUCACUACGUCGGAUUCAAAGUGUACUUAACAGGCCGCAAACUCCAUGAUCUCUGGUGCAUGUGGUUUAAAGGAUCGAAGGAGUCCGACAAGAAAGAAUAA